UUGGGGAUCUACAGCGGCCAGAGAGGAGUGGCUUCACCCGCUUGAGUUUUAAUGCAUCAUGGAUAAUCUGUCAUCAGAAGAAAUUCAACUGAGAGCUCACCAGAUUACUGAUGAGUCUCUGGAAAGUAUGAGGAGAAUCCUGGGUUUAGCCAGUGAGUCUCAGGAUGUAGGAAUCAAGACCAUCACUAUGCUGGAUGAACAAGGGGAACAACUAAACCGCAUAGAAGAAGGCUUGGACCAAAUAAAUAAAGACAUGAGAGAAGCAGAGAAGACUUUAACAGAACUCCACAAAUGCUGUGGCCUUUGUGUCUGCUCACGUAAUAGAACAAAGAACUUUGAGUCUGGCAAGGUUUAUAAGACAAGAUGGGGAGAUUGCGGAGAAAACUCACUUAGCAAUGUAAUAUCUAAACAGCCAAGCUGGGUGACAAAUGGUCAGCCUCAGCAACCAGCGACAGGAGCAGCCAGUGGUGGAUACAUUUAACGCGUAACUAAUGAUGCCAGAGAAGAUGAAAUGGAAGAGAACCUGACUCAAGUGGGCAGUAUCCUGGGAAAUCUAAAAGACAUGGCCCUGAACAUAGGCAAUGAGAUUGAUGCUCAAAAUCCACGAAUAAAACGAAUCACAGACAAGGCUGACACCAACAAAGAUUGUAUUGACAUUGCCAGUGCCAGAGCAAAGAAACUCAUUGACAGCUAAAGCUACUGCUGUACUUGUUUACCAUUUAUUCACUUCCGUUGCUCCUCCUCAAAAGUUGUUACCUUUUCAGAGUUUAAAUUUUCGGUUCCACACACUUCUGAUUGGGAGAUAAUGGGCCAGAGCAGUAACAGCCCUCCUGCUUUUUUGUUUUCUGUUGGGGGCCGACUGCUGCUUGGCCUUCCUUCUAGUAUUUUCUUCCUUAGUUCUCUCAGGUUGAUUUUCAUACAUCAUGUAUAGUGUUUUCAUCCUCCUCAUGUACUUCAGCAGGUUCUUUUGCUUUCAAGAUUUGGAAGCAUUGCCAAAGACAGCCAUGAAGAAGGAAGCUGUAGAGGUGUUUGUUUGUUUUUGUUGUUCUUUUUUUUUUUUUUUUUUUUUUUUUUUUUGUGGUAGAGGGAGGGUCAAGAGAUAAGAGGUUGUCACCUCAGUAAAAACCUUCAGGCCACUAAGCAAAAAGUUGCAUAACCACAGUGAAGAUCUAGUUGGAUAUAGUUUUUAAGUUGCAGUUGUUGUCAAUUUAGGCUAAUGCUUGGUUUUGGAGCUCUUAUAUACAAUAUUUUUAUUAGGAAUCACAGUUUUGCAACCUCUACUCCAAAGAGAAAUUAUAGAAUGAGUUUUCUUAAAGUGAGCUUAAUUUCUGAACUCUUAGUGAUUCAUAUAUGUACAUAAAUCUGUGAUCCCAUUUCUUAUUGCACCACUCAGGAACACUUUGUGUAAAUGAGAGGCUUUUUAUUUCACAUUAUUAGGAAUAUCAUGGUUCCAUAAUAGGCCUAUUAACUUCAUACAUUGUCAUUAGCCUUGAAGAAAAAAUAUGUGAAUAUAUGUGUAACAUAAGAAUUUCUCUCUAAAACAGGGCUUAAAAAUUUUUGGAAAAGUUUGUUGAAGUAUACCACGUGAAUACAGAUUUACCCCAAUGAUAAGAAUUAUGUUUUCUUAGGAAAAAGGAAACUCAUUUUGAUCUCAGAUAGAAAAAUAGAUUGCAUUGAGUUUUAUGUAGCUUUAGACUUUAAAAAGUUAGAAUGUAUUCUGUGUUACUAAAAGUGAUUUGA